GGUCGCCGCAAGUUCUCCGUUUCCAUCGGCGGCCUCGACGGCGUCGUUGAUUGCGGUGGCCGGCCAUCCUGCCUCCCGGCAGUGAUCCAACCGGCACCCCCGCCGGCUCGACGUUGCCAAUGCCAUCGGCGCGAUCGCCCCAACCAUCGGUCCUCUCGCGGCGGGCGCCGGGUCCCACGUGUCCUCCUCCUGUUGGCGCUCGCUGGGCUGGUGGGCUCCCACGCGGUCGCGGGGCACAACUAGCGUAGUGAUAGAGAGAGGAGAGAGAGAGAGAGAGAGAGAGAGAGGGGCGGAAGGGGGCGCAAAAUGAUAUUCCCCAAUGUCCUCGAUAGUAGGUGUGACCCUCUUUUUCCUCUUCCAGAUUCCCGUACAUAUGGCGGAGCCUUGGGGUUUCCUCCCCCCCUCCCCUCCCCCUCUUUCGCCCUCUCCUCGCUAGCUCACCGUCACCACAGCCAUCUGGGAAGGGCGCGGCGCGUUGGAGGGGGUUGGGUUGGGUUGCGCGACAGAUCUGAAUUGUAAAGCUGCCGCCUUGGCCGCCGCAAUCGGGAUCCCUCGUGGAUCAUCCGCUCGUCGGAAGUCGCGGCGCGGGUGCUUCUUUCGCUGACCGCAGGUAGCUGCUGUGAUCUCCUAAUCCUGAUUUUUCUAAUCUGCCCAGGUCGGCUCAGGUUCUCUGGUGCCAAAUUUGUGCUUUGAUUCGAACAUUAGUUCUGCCCUAUUAGGAAAGGAGAUAGGUGGCAAUGAAGGAAGAAAAUUCUUUGCAUGAUAGCAUGAUAGAUCGGAAGUGGGUAUUGAAGAGGAAGAGAAAACAAACCAAAUCUGGUUUGGGAGCUUUAAAUGGAAAAGAGGGGGCUUCUAAUAGUGCAGUUAAGAGGAAGACAAAAAGUGGCAUCGAUGCUUCUAGAUCUGCUAAAAAGACCAAAGGGCAUGAUGGUCAUUACUAUGAAUGCGCUGUGUGCGAUCUAGGAGGCAAUUUGCUUUGUUGUGAUAGUUGUCCUCAAACUUAUCACCUUGAAUGUCUCAGCCCACCUCUUAAGUGUGCUCCUCAUGGAAAGUGGAAUUGCCCUAACUGUACUGAAAAGAAAGGUAAUGUCAAAGUAUCAAGUAACAUUGAGUCAAAUGUAAAACGAGCAAGAACAAAGACCACCACUGGAAAGCCAGCUACUGUGAUUAAGGAAUCUGUCCGUGAAAAGGCAUCAGUGUCUGGGAGACACUCUAUUCCAAGAAAUAAUAAAGGGAAAACAAUGUUUUCUUGUAGAGAUCCAGAUAAGGCAGAUUCUGAUUUCUUAAAAGAUGAUAAAUUGGACAGGCCUGGAUCAAGCCACUCUGGGUCCUUACAUGAAAUUCCAUCAGAUGAUAGAACUUUGAAAAAUUCAUUUUCAACCUCUCAUUUAAAAACCAGCUCUCGAAGGAGAACACUCUCUCUUGUGAAAACCUCCACAUCUGAUGAUAGUGAAUGUCCUACAGGGAAGAAGCCCAAAUUUCAUAACAGUGAUGUGCAAAGAAAGAAUUCUGUUACUACAAUUACUGAUUCUACUCAUAAGUCCAAGAAAAAAAAGCAAAAGUUCAGAAGUUGCAGUGAAAAGAAAAGACCUAGUGCUGAAAAGGGAAGUGCAGAUGCCGCUAUUAAUAAUGAGCUACCUCUUGGAAGAAAUCUUGAAACAAAUAAACCUAUACAGAAGCGCAGGUCAUCUGAUACAUGGAACUCUUCAUCAAGACAUGAAGCCAAAAGAGUGAAAUAUGAAAGUGAAGAAAAAGAUGAGAUGUCAUCUGAGCAAGCAAGCCUGUUUUCACAAGAUUUGGAUGAACAAUGCACACAAUUACACAACAUAGAAAAGCAAAAUGUGAAUUCUUGGAAUGACAUUCAGCAGGUUGAUCGAAUUUGGGGAUGCCGUAUUCGAGUUAGCACCAUCAUGUCUAGCAAAUCAUUAGAAUCAGAACAUGCUGAAUCACAUAAUUAUUCAGGGAACCAGACUAUAAUACAGCCACUUCAUGGCCUAAAUAAUUCCAAAACAAAUGGCUUGCUACUGACUGAGUCACAGAAUGAAAGUAAAGUUGAAAUACAGGAUGAAAAAAGUGCUUGUAAUGGGGCAUUUGAUCCUCAAGUCACUUUGGUUUCUGAAGAAAAAGAUUUAUGUAGGGUCACACAAGAAGAUUAUGAUGAAAAAUCAUAUGAAAAUAAGGGAUCAUUGGAUAAUGUUAUUUCAGCCAAAAAAGGUUCAAUGGAUGAAAUAGUUGCAAAGAAUGAUGCUUUAACACAGGAAGAUACUCCAUUGAGCAAAGCUGAUAAUGCUCAAAUUGACAUAAAAGCUAUUGAUAUUGUUGGCACACAAAAUCAGAGUGAGUCAGUUGCGCUUUCUGGACCUCAUCGGAUGAUUGUUUCGGGUGAUUCAAAAGGAAAACAUGGAAUGUUGCUUGAGAUGCAGUCAGAUGCUAAAAUUCUAAAUAAUACCAUGGAGGAAGUGCAGAAUGUAGGGACUAUUAAUGACGACAGUGAUAGCUAUGAGUUUCUUGUCAAGUGGGUUGGGAAAUCAAACAUACAUAACAGUUGGGUUCCUGAGUCUCAAAUAAAAGUUAUUGCCAAAAGAAAACUGGAAAAUUAUAAAGCUAAAUAUGGGAAUACUGUGAUAAAUAUUUGUGAGGAACAAUGGAAGAAACCACAACGUGUUAUUGCUCUUCAGGCUUGUGUGGAUGGUUUGGAAGAAGCUUUGGUUAAAUGGUGCGGUCUUCAAUAUGAUGAGUGCACUUGGGAAAGAUUAGAUGAACCUGUUAUGAAGGAAUCAGCUCAUCUGGUAGAUGAAUUGAAGCAAUUAGAAACUCAGACCAUUGACAAAGAUGUUAAUCAUGAUUUUUAUUGUGCCAAAAGUGAAAUCCAAGAUUUUCUUCCUCUUCUUGACCAGCCAAAUGAGCUAAAAGGUGGAUUACUUUUUCCACAUCAGCUAGAAGCUUUAAACUGGCUGCGCAAAUGCUGGUACAAGUCCAAAAAUGUUAUAUUGGCUGAUGAAAUGGGGCUUGGAAAAACCAUAUCUGCAUGUGCUUUCAUUUCAUCUUUGCACUGUGAAUUCAAGGUUAAGCUGCCCUGUUUGGUCCUAGUCCCACUUUCCACUAUGCCUAAUUGGUCAGCUGAGUUUUCACUGUGGGCUCCACAUCUAAACGUGGUUGAGUAUCAUGGAUGUGCAAAGGCAAGAACAGUUAUUCGCCAAUAUGAAUGGCAUGUUAGCGAUCCUAGCAAAUCAGAUAAAUUAACCAAGUCAUACAAGUUUGAUGUCCUAUUGACUACCUAUGAAAUGGUGCUUGCUGACACUUCUCAUCUUCGUGGUGUCCCUUGGGAAGUUCUUAUAGUGGAUGAGGGCCACCGGCUAAAGAAUUCUAGUAGUAAACUUUUUGGUUUGCUCAAUACAUUUUCUUUUCAACACCGUGUAUUAUUGACUGGAACUCCAUUGCAGAAUAACAUUGGGGAGAUGUAUAACUUAUUGAAUUUUCUACAACCUGUUUCAUUCCCUUCCUUGUCAGCAUUUGAGGAAAACUUUAAUGAUCUUACAACAGCAGAAAAGGUGGACGAGCUUAAAAAACUUGUUGCACCACAUAUGCUUCGAAGACUCAAGAAAGAUGCUAUGCAAAAUAUUCCACCAAAGACUGAGCGGAUGGUUCCUGUUGAGCUGACAUCGAUUCAAGCUGAAUAUUACCGUGCAAUGCUAACAAAGAAUUACCAGAUACUAAGAAAUGUAGGAAAAGGUGGUGCACAACAAUCAUUACUAAAUAUAGUAAUGCAGCUCAGGAAGGUCUGCAAUCAUCCUUAUCUUAUCCCAGGUACUGAACCUGAAUCUGGUUCAAUGGAGUUUCUGCAUGAAAUGCGUAUUAAGGCAUCUGCAAAGUUGACGUUAUUGCAUUCUAUGCUGAAAAUUUUAUACAAGGAAGGACACCGAGUUCUUAUAUUUUCUCAAAUGACAAAGUUACUUGAUAUUCUAGAGGAUUACCUAGCUAUAGAGUUUGGUGCUAAAACAUUUGAAAGGGUGGAUGGUACAUUAUCAGUUGCAAAUCGUCAGGCAGCAAUUACUCGUUUCAAUCAAGAUAAAUCACGAUUUGUUUUCUUGUUGUCCACACGUUCUUGUGGCCUUGGUAUCAACUUGGCUACUGCAGAUACUGUUAUCAUAUAUGAUUCUGAUUUUAAUCCACAUGCAGAUAUACAAGCUAUGAAUAGAGCACACAGAAUAGGACAAUCAAAUAGACUUCUAGUUUAUAGGCUAGUAGUACGUGGUAGUGUGGAGGAGCGCAUUUUGCAACUUGCUAAAAGGAAAUUGAUGCUAGAUCAACUAUUUGUGAACAAGUCAGGAUCACAGAAGGAAGUGGAGGACAUUCUUCGUUGGGGUACAGAAGAGCUUUUCAAUAAUUCUGAUUGUGUAAAUGGACCUGAUGCUACAGAUGCUACAAUCAGCAAACCUGAUGCUGUUCCUGAUGGUGAGCAUAAACAUCGAAGGAGGUCUGGUGGUUUAGGAGAUGUAUACAAAGAUAAAUGUACUGAAGGUUCUACAAAAAUUAUUUGGGAUGAAAAUGCAAUUCUGAAGCUUCUUGAUCGUUCUGACAUUCAAUUAGUUUCUGAAAGUGCAGAUGUGGAUGUGGAGAAUGAUAUGCUGGGCUCCGUAAAAUCGGUGGAUUGGAAUGAUGAUAUAAAUGAAGAAGCAGAUGGUAUGGAAAUGCUCCCGGGUGUAACUGGUGAAGAUGGUGAACAUAAAUCUGAAGCAAAGGAAGACAAUGCAGUUGGUAGUGCUGAGGAAAAUGAAUGGGAUAAACUUUUACGUGUAAGAUGGGAAAAAUCUCAGCUUGAGGAGGAAGCAGUUCUCGGUCGAGGAAAGCGCCAAAGAAAAGCAGUAUCAUACAGGGAAACAUUUGCUUCAAUGCCAAGUGAAACUUUUAGUGAGGUUGUUUAUUUCUACAAAAUAGUACAGAGUGACACUGAGGAGCCAGAACGUGUAUAUACACCAGCCGGACGUGCAUGGAAGGAGAAGUAUGCUAGGCUUCGUGACCGACAAAAAGAACGAAUUGCUCGGAGGCAGAAUGGAGAAGUGUCAUGUUUGAUAGACAGAGUUGAAUGGCCUACACAAUCACUGAUCCAAUCUGAUCAUGACAUGGAAGGUUUGGAUAAGAGAAGCUAUGAUGAUAAAAUUGAACAGAUGGAGGAUAACAAAUCAUUUCAGCCAUUGGAUGAUAAGAGAAGUGAAUCUUCUGCAAAAUUUGCAAAGUCAAUUAGGCACAAGUAUAAAAAGUUUCAUAGUGAUGAUCUGGAUCUUUCAGUAAGACCUCCAUCUGAAAACCUUUCGUCAGAUAUCUUUUUGCCUAGCCAUCCAUUCAACAGCUUGAACACAGCAAGUCCAGUUCCUUCUAACCACCUUCUACCUGUUUUAGGCCUAUGUGCUCCUAAUGCUAAUCAGAUAGGUGUAUCAUCUCGCAAUAACCGUGGUUCACUGAGGCAACCUAUAUCAAGUAGUGAACAAAAACGACUAAGCAUCGGAAAUACAGAAUUCCCAUUUCCACCAUCUUCUGGUUCUCGAUCUCCAAAUGCCCGAAAUGAUGAAGUGAGGGAAAAAUCUGAUAUCUCUUUGUUACCUGAAGCUCCAGGAAUGUCCUUGCAUCACAAGUUGAAGAGUUUGAUACCUGAUGGCUACUUUCCUUUUUAUCCUGUUGUUCCUACAUCUGAAAGAUCCCUCAUGGAUGGUCUGGGGAGUGCAUCAUUUGCUUCAUUUCAAGAGAAGCUAGGCCUUCCAAAUUUAAUGAUCGACGAUAAGCUGGUACCAAGGUUUCCAUUACCAUCAAAAAGUUGGAUGAAGCCACCUGCAGAUCUGUUACCUAGCUUGUCACUAGGCAUGCAGUCCAUAGAAGGUUCUUUUCAGGAAUUCCCUAGUAUGCCACCUCUACCCAAUUUCAAGCAACGACCAACUGAUAUCCUAAAGAAAAAACAAAAAAUGUUUGAUCUACCUUCAAUGAAUGGCCUAGGUUCAGUUCAAGGCAUGCAUCCAUCAUUUCUUGAAAACCAACACAUACUUCUUGACAACGCGAUGAUGCAAACUCAAUCUGUGAAAAAGUUGUUCAAGAAGCGAGCAAAAGCAGAUGUAUGGUCAGAAGACGAGCUUGAUGCUCUUUGGAUUGGUGUCCGUAGGCAUGGAAGGGGUAAUUGGGAUAUCAUGCUUGAAGAUCCCAAAUUGAAGUUCGCGGAGUAUAGAACAGCUGAAGAUUUAUCUUUAAGAUGGUCAGAGGAGCAGCAAAAGAUAAUGGAUGCACCAGCUUUCUCAGCGCCAAAAUCUUCCAAGCCUCUACCCCUACCUGGAAUCUCAGAUGACAUGAUGAAUCGGGCUUUGCUUGGUAGCAAGUUUUCUAGUAUCGGAGGUGAACGCCCAAAAUCACUCCCUCACCUGACGGAUAUUCAACUUGGCUGCCGUGAUUUAAAGUCUAGCUUUCCGGGCAUCGAUCAACUUGAUCACAUUAGUAGAAUUGAUGAGAAUCUCUCUAAAAUCUCACCAUGGCAACUCAGCUAUCUUAGAUCAAAUUACGCUGGCAGCUCUACUGGAGGGUUGGAUGGAUUGGAAAGGUCAGGUUUACCAUUUAAUCCUCGUUUUCAAGAUAACUACACUGCAAAACUAGGUAUGAAUGUACCCAGCAGCUCUGCCUUGUACAACAGGGAAGUUGAAUACCGAUCGAAGAGUCUUUUCUUGCCAGGUGCGAUGGACAACUCUCUGAAUCCUUUACAUGGUUUCAAUAGUGCAGCUAAUUACAGUGAAUCGAAUGUGGGCAUGCCAUUGGAAACCCAAAAGCAGAUUUUGCAUGACUUCUCUUCCAAAAAUGACAUUGGUGUUGGUAGUUCAAAUGCGAAUAAACUUCCUCAUUGGCUUCGAGAAGCUGUGAACCCCGCUCCUUCCAGGGUGCCAGAACCUGAGCUGCCCUCUGUAUUGCCUCCUUCUAUCACUGCAAUUGCUUACUCUGUCCGUCUACUUUAUGGAGAAGACAAAACAAUCCCACCAUUUUCUAUUCCUGGCCCUCCACCUAUCCAGCCGAAAGAUCCAAGGAGAAUUCUGAAAAGGAGAAGGAAGCUGCUUAGACUUAGCCGGUUGACCCCCAAUAUUAAAUGCACUACUAAGAAUUUUGAUUGUGGCGGCCCAAGCACAAUUCCAACAGCUUCAGAAAUACUUGAAUCUGAACCUGUUCGAGGAAGGUCUGGCCAUGAUGAGAAUCAGAACUUAAAUUUGAAUUCACCAUCAUCAUCAUUAGUCGACACACAAAGAGAAGGUUCAAGCUCAGUGCUGGUACUAUCUCUUGAAGCCCCACACAUGGCAACAUCUUCUACCAUCUCCAGACACAGCGAAUUGCCACUAACAGAAAUACCAGGGCCUAGUCAACAAAGUGAAGAGUUAUCUAAACCUCCUGUACUUGAAGUAGAUUGUGAAGGACCAAUGGAGGAAGAUUCAAAAGAGAACAAUGGUAAAACAACAGAAAAGGUACCGAGUUCCGAGCAGGUCGAUCAAGUGGACCGUGGAGGCUCGAGUAAAACUCACUCUUGUGCUAGUGGAUCUAACCAGCUCAAACCCAUGGAACUGUCAUCUGAAGAAACCGAGUUGAAUGAUCAUCAAAGUGAGAAUGAAUAAAGCAUCCAUUUUAUUUCUGACAUACCAAUUUAUCCUCGUGCUUGUGCAGGCAGAUCCAUGACUAUUCUAUCAUUGCAUGUCUCACUUGGGAGUGCCAUGAGGCAUCUUUUGAGUAUUCAUAGUGAAAAAUAUAAUCUUGACAAUCUCAUUGUUUUUUUUUUUUUUUUUGUUUUGCAUGUUAUUGAUUUUGUUUCAUUUUAAAUCAAAUAUAUCUUAGCAAAGGUUAGACUUGUUAAAGACAUUUCUUCUAACCUCUUUUACAUAUUCAUUCUGUCCUGUUGCUUUAUAUUGAUCAUAUUUAAAUU